AUGAGUUCACCCAAAAUCGACGGUAAAGAACGCAUUAAGACGCCCGUGCCGAAGGCUAAACCUCAGUAUAUACCGUUCACGGCGUCGCGGGCAAAUUUGGCUUGCAAUGUCGUGAUCAACGCGCUGUUCGGAGUCGGAUUAUUUCUUCUGUACAAGGACUACCGGCUCAACCAGGCCGCACGGAAACAGGAAAAAGCUCAGGCGCGCGGCACGGUCACGAUCGUGAACGACAGGGAGUCGCAGAUGUGGAAGCCGCACGGGAGAGAACCCGGCGGCGUGCUGUCGGGACUGAGCUACGGAGAGCUGUCGUUUUUCACGAUCGGGCUCGGAUUCCUGAUCCAGCUUGCGAACAUGGCGCGGGUAUCCUUCGGGAAGAAGUCGUUGCUGUACCGGGCCGGGGUGGCGUCUGUGGUACUGUACCCGCCGUUCACAAUCUCGAUGUACGGGCUGCGGAGCCGGCGGAUGCUACGCGUGCGGGAUAGGACAUAUUGA